GGAGCCGGCGGCGGCGGCGAGGACGCGGGGUUCGCGGCGUGAGGGGAGCGCGCGGCGGAGGCGGCGGGGCCGGAGCGGAGCUUGGUCAUGAGCUCCGACAGUAACUCUUUGGCACGUGAAUUUCUGACCGAUGUCAACCGGCUUUGCAAUGCAGUGGUCCAGCAGGCGGAGGCCAGGGGGGAGGAGGAGGAGGAGGAGGAAGAGGAGGAGGAGGAGACGCACAUGGCAGCCCUGGGACAAUACCUUGUCCACGGCCGCGGGUUCCUUUUGCUUACCAAGCUGAACUCCACCAUUGACCAGGCGCUGACCUGCAGGGAGGAGCUGCUCACGCUCCUCCUGUCCCUCCUCCCACUGGUGUGGAAGCUUCCUGUUCAGGAGGAACGGGCAGCAGAUUUUAACCUACCGUUCUCAGUUGACAUAAUCCUGACCAAAGAAAAGAACUCAAGUUCACCAAGAUCCACUCAGGAAAAAUUACAUUUAGAAGGGAGUGCCCCACCGCCUCAGGUUUCCGCAAAAGUGAAAAGCAGACGGCAGCGGAAGGCGGCCCACCCCUGCUCCGUGAGAGACGCAAGGAAGACGCAGCCCUCCACCUCGGGCUCAGAGGCCGACUCAGGCGACAGGAGGCCCCGGCGGCCCCCCCAGCUGCAGCCUUUGGCAGCCCAGGCUCCUAAAGAGGGGGAGCCUGCAGCGCCCCCCACCCGCCUGUCCCCCGGAGAACAGACCCCCCCUGAGAGAAUGGCUUCGGGGCGUUUCCAAGAGGCAGCGCCCCGCCAGCAGGCAAACGCGGACAUUUUAAGUGAGCCAGCUGCCUUGUCUAUCAUCAGCCACAUGAGCAAUUCUCCGUUUGACUUGUGUCAUGUCUUGUUAUCUCUGCUGGAGAAAGUCUGUACGUUCGACAUGAACUUGAACCAUAACUCUGCCCUGGCAGCCAGCGUCGUGCCCACGCUGACCGAGUUCCUCGCCGGCUUCGGGGGCUGCUGUGACCCCGGGGACGGCUCGGAGAGCCAGGCGGUGGCUGCAGGUUGGACCGAGGAGCCGGUGGCCCUGGUCCAGCGCAUGCUUUUCCGGACGGUGCUGCACCUCAUGUCCGCGGACGUCAGCGCCACGGGGACGAUGCCGGACAGCCUCAAAAAGAACCUCACCGAGUUACUCAGAGCGGCUUUACAGAUCCGAACGUGCCUGCAGAGGCAGCCCGACCCCUUCGCCCCGAGACGGAAGACGACCCUGCAGGAGGUGCGGGAGGGGUUCGCGUUCUCCCGGUACCGGCACCGGGCCCUGCUGCUGCCCGAGCUCCUGGACGGGCUGCUGCGGCUGCUCACCUGCUGCCUGCACAGCGCGGCCUCCAACCCCUUCCUCUUCAGCCAGGCCGUGCACCUGGUGCAGGAGUUCACCCAGCACCGGGGCUUCCACCUGUUCGAGACGGCGGUCCUGCAGCUGGAGUGGCUGAUCCUGAGAGGCGGCGUCCCCGCCGAGGCCCCGGCCCGGCUGAGGGCCCUGGUCAGCGGCGUGCUGAGGAUCAUGGGCGCCGUCAAGAAGGUGAAGUCGGAGCAGCUCCACCACUCCAUGUGCACCCGGAAGAGGCACCGGCGGUGCGAGUACUCGCACUUCAUGCACCACCACCGGGACCUCUCGGGGCUCCUGGUCUCGGCGUUUAAGAGCCAGGCGUCCACCAACCCCUUCGAGGAGGCCCCGGACGGCGCCGCGCGCUACCCCGAGCGCUGCUGCUGCCUGGCCGUGUGCGCGCACCAGUGCCUGCGCCUGCUGCGGCUGGCCUCGCUGGGCAGCACGUGCCUGCAGGUGCUGGCCGGCGUGCAGGACGUGGGGCUGUGCUGCUGCAUGGACCCCAAGUCCGUCAUCGGCCCGCUGUUGCACGCCUUCCAGCUGCCGGCCCUGAAGACCUUCCAGCAGCACAUACUGAACGUCCUGAGCAGGCUCCUCUUAGACCAGCUGGGGGGCGCCGAGACGCCGCCCAGAACGAAAAAGGCGGCGUGCAACAUCUGCACCGUUGACGCCGACCAGCUGGCCAAGCUCGAGGAGACGCUGCAGGGGCCCGCGGGGGACGAGGAGCCCGCCUCGGGCCUGCCCGGUCCCUACAGGUGUCCCGGCAUCCUGCCCAGCAGCGGGUCCGAGGACUGGCUGUGGCGGUGGGACGCCCUCGAGGAGUAUCAGAGGUUCGUGUUUGAAGAAGACCGGUUACACAGCGUGCAGGUCGCCCACCACAUCUGCAGCCUGAUGCAGAAAGGCAACGUGGUGGUCCGGUGGAAGCUGUACAACUACAUCUUCAACCCCGUGCUCCAGAGAGGCGUGGAGCUGGCCCGUCGCUGCCAGCACCCCAGCGUCCCUCCGGCCCAGACGCACGUGUGUGGCCGCCAGAGCCAGUGCCUGCCUCAGGACGUGCUUCAUGUUUAUGUAAAAACGCUGCCUGCCCUGCUGAAGUCAAGGGUAAUUAGAGAUUUGUUUUUAAGUUGUAACGGAGUGAGUCAAAUAAUUGAAUUAAGUUACUUAGAUGGCAUUCGACGUCAUUCCCUGAAAGCGUUUGAAACUCUGAUCAUCAGCCUCGGGGAGCACCAGAGAGAGUCUCGGGUGCCAGGGGCCGAUGGGCCGGAGGAGGAACCGAAGGAGCCGGCGUCCUUCCACGCAGACGCCUCUGCCCACAGCCAGCAGGCGCUCUCCAACUCUCCCCAGAGCCUCAGCAGGUUCUACGCCAGCCUCCGCGAAGCCCACCCGCAGAGGCGCAGGGCCGCCCCCCACGACGCCCACCUCCACACGAUCCACCUCUUCCUCUGCGUGGCCUUCCUGUGCGUCAGCAGAGAGGCCGACGCCGACGGGGAGCCCGCCAACGACUCGGAGGACACGUCCGGCUACGACAGCACGGCCAGCGAGCCCCUGUGCCAGCAGCUGCCCUGCCUGCCCCUGGACAGCCUGGUCCUGCCGCCCCCCGAGCGCAUGCGCCAGGCGGCCGACAUCUGGUCCAUGUGCCGCUGGAUCUACACGCGGAGCCCUGCCUUCCAGAAGCAGCUCUGCGGGCUGGGCGGCGUCCGCGUGUGCCAUCGGCUGAUUUUCAUGAUCAUCCAGAGGCUGUCCCGGGGUCCCGGCGAGGAGCCAGGGAAGAAGGAGGGCGCCGCGGCUGCGCAGGAGGACCCGGAGCCCGUGAGCACUGCCCACUCGGAGGUCGCCGAGGAGGAGGACUCGGGGUCUUCGGCUGUGAGAGGCGCCCCCACCCCGUCUGGCCCGGGCGGUCCAGAGGGGAGUGCUGACGGAGCAGGUGCAUCGGGGUCACAGCAUGCUGCGUCCACUAACGGGGAUCCGAUGCCCGCGGCUGGAGCUGCGCCUGAGGAAGCAGAGGGGCCUGCGAGUGGAGCGAGUGAGACGGCACUUCAGAGCAUCCGGCUGCUGGAAGCCCUGCUGGCCAUCUGCCUCCACGGCACCCGAGCCAGUCAGCACUGGGCGGAGGGGGAGCCGCCCGGCCAGAACUUGUCUGUGGAAAACAUAUUGUUUGAAAUGAGGGACCACCUUUCCCAGUCCAAGGUGAUUGAGACGGAACUGGCGAAGCCUUUAUUCGAUGCCCUGCUCCGAGUGGCGCUGGGCAAUCACCCGGCGGAUUUCGAACACAGUGAUGCUGUGACUGAGAAGAGUCCUCAGUCUGAAGAAGAAUUGUCAUCCCAACCCGGAGAGUUUUCAGAAGACGCGGAGGAUGCUGCAUGUGGUGGUUUUAAACUUUUGGUUGAAGAAGAAGGUUAUGAAGCAGAUAGUGAGAGCAAUUCUGAGGAUAGCGAAGCCCAGGAUGAUGGGGUAGACAUGAAGCAUGAAGCAGAAGGUUUCAUUGCAGUAAGCAGUCCAAGCGACUUACUUGAAAACCUCACUCAGGGAGAGAUAAUAUAUCCUGAGAUUUGCAUGCUGGAAUUAAGUUUGCUUUCUACUAGUAAAGCCAAGCUUGAUGUGCUUGCCCAUGUAUUUGAGAGUUUUUUGAAAAUCAUCAGGCAGAAAGAAAAGAAUAUUUUUCUACUCAUUCAACAGGGAACUGUGAAAAAUCUUUUAGGAGGGUUCUUGAGUAUUUUAACACAGACCGAUUCUGAUUUUCAAGUUUGCCAGAGAGGACUGGUGGAUCUGUUGGUGUCUUUGAUGAGCUCAAGAACAUGUUCGGAAGAGCUAACCCUUCUUCUGAGAAUAUUUCUGGAGAAAUCUCCUUGUACAGAGAUUCUUCUCCUGGGUGUUCUGAAAAUUGUUGAAAGUGAUGUUGCUGUGAGCCCUUUACACUAUCUGACCUUCCCCUUACUGCACACUCCGAACCUAAGCAACGGCAUCUCAUCACCCAAGUGCCCGGGGAUCCUCAACAGCAAGGCCAUGGGCCUGCUGAGAAGAGCACGCGUGUCCUGGAGCAGGAGGGAGGUGGACGGGGACAGCGUCCCCCAGCAGCUGCUGUCCUCCUGGCACGUAGCCCCCAUGCACCUGCCCCUGCCGGGCCAGAACUGCUGGCCGCACCUCGCGGAGGGGUUCAGCGUCUCCCUGUGGUUCAACGUGGAGUGCGUCCAGGAAGCCGAGAGCCGCCCAGAAAAGCGAAGGAAGAUCAGGAGACGAAGGAAGUCGUUAAGUUUACGGGACAGUAGUUUCGAUGGAGCAGAGAACGACAGGUCAGAAGGCGCCGAGCACGCACAUCCCGGCGAGAGGCUCCUAGAAGGAGGCUGCAUCCACAUGGUCUCCUUGGGAUCCAAGGCGCUGAUGAUCCAAGUGUGGGCUGAGCCCCCCACAGGCACCUUCAUCUUCCGCCUGUGUGUGGAUUCAAACGACGAUGCAAAAGCUGUUUUACUGGCUCAGGCGGAAUCACCGGAGAAUGUCUUCCUCCCAAGCAAAUGGCAGCAUCUAGUGCUCACCUACUCCCAGCAGCCCCAGGGGAAAAAGAGCCUUCACGGGGAAGUCUCCAUGUGGGUCUCUGGGCAGAGGAAACCUGAUGUUACUUUGGAUUUUAUGCUUCCAAGAAAAACGAGCUUGUCGUCGGAUAGCAAUAAAACCUUCUGCAUGAUCGGCCAUAGUUUGUCAUCUCAGGAAGAGUUUCUGUCUCUGGCUGGAAAAUGGCACCUGGGAAAUUUGCUCCUCUUCAAUGGAGCGAAGGUUGGCUCCCAAGAGGCCUUCCACCUCUAUGCCUGCGGCCCCAGCCACACCUCCAUAAUGCCGUGUAAGCAUGGCUCGCCUGCGACUGACUACUCCAAAUACAUCAGCAAAGACAUUCUGCAGUGCGACCAAAUCAGAGGGCUCUUCCUGACCAAGAACGAUGUGGACAUUGGUCUCUUAAUUGAGAGCCUUUCGGUUGUCUACACGGCGAGCUGCCCCGCUCAGUACACCAUCUACGAGCCGGUCAUCAGGCUUAAAGGGCAGGCCAGAGCCCCGCUCUCCCAGAGGCCCUUCAGCUCCAAGGACGUGCAGAGCGUCUCGCUGGAGCCCCACCACCUGAGGAGCCUCCGGCCCAGCGAGUGCGAGACCCUCCAGGGCAUCCUGCACGAGAUCGGGGGCACCGGGAUCUUCGUGUUCCUCUUCGCCAGGGUUGUGGAGAUCAGCAGCCGUGAAGAAACUCAAGCGUUGGCUCUGCGCGUGCUCCUCUCGCUGACUAAGUACAACCAGCAGAGGAUGCGGGAGCUGGAGAACUGCCACGGGCUCUCCAUGGUGCACCAGGUGCUCACCAAGGCGAGGUGCACCGUUGGCUUCCACAUCCUGAAGACCCUUCUGGAAGGUUGCUGUGGGGAAGAUCUCCUUCGUGCCGACGAGAACGGCGAGUUCACGUUAGAUGUGGAGUCGAAGGCUAUCAUCCAGGACAUUAAACUGCUCGAGGAGCUGCUGCUCGACUGGAAGGUCUGGAGGAAGGCAGAGCCAGGCGUGUGGGCGGCGCUGCUGGCGGCCCUGGAAGUGCUCAUCCGGGCAGACCACCCGCAGCAGAUGUUCAAUGUCAAGCAGCUGCUGAGGGCGCGAGUGGUUCAUCACUUCCUGCUGACCUGUCAGGUUCUGCAGGAACACAAAGAGGGGCAGCUUACCUCCAUGCCCCGAGAGGUUUGUAGAUCAUUUGUGAAAAUUAUAGCAGAAGUCCUUGGAUCUCCUCCAGACUUGGAAUUAUUGACAAUUAUCUUCAAUUUCCUUUUAGCAGUUCACCCUCCUACUAAUACUUACAUUUGUCACAACCCAACCAACUUCUACUUUUCUUUGCACAUAGAUGGCAAGAUCUUCCAGGAGAAAGUGGACUCGAUCGUGUCCCUGCGGCACUUCAGCAGCGGAGGGCGGGCCGCCCCGGGCCCGGGGCUGAUGCCCAUAAGUCCGUCCGCCUUCGCCGCGUCCCCGCCCGAAGGACACGGCUCCUCUGGCAGCAUCCCCCCACGGACGGGGGCCCGCCUGCAGCGCUGCAGAAGCCUGCCCGCGCUCCCCACGUCCUCCCUCGUGCCGCCCCGGGCACUGGCCGGAGGCUCGGACGGGGGCAUCGACAGGUGCCCGGGUGCUGCGGGCAGCCUGGCGGUUCCCCAGCCUGAGCAGUGGCACGCCCCCGGGAGCUCAGAGGCGCUGCAGCAGGCCGAGGAGAAGGAGGAAGCGUCCAUCAGCAGCUGCGAGUCUGCAGAGGCCGUCUGCGAGGUGGACGCGGCCCUCCCGAGACCGGCCUCCGCCGGGGACAUCCCCAGAGGGCUCGGAGUGGAUCAGCAGGAGCUGGAGGCAGAGCCCAGGGCGGACGGGGACAGCCCCGGGGACGAGUCCUGCCCGCGCCGCCCUGACUACCUGCGGGGCCUGGCCUCCUUCCAGCGCAGCCAGAGCACCGUGGCCAGCCUGGGGCUGGCCUUCCCCUCGCAGAGCAGGGCCGCCGCCGUGCGCCGCUGGCCCAGCCUGGUGGACAGGAACGCCGAGGACUGGGCCGGCCUGGCCCUCUCUCCGGGCGAUGAGCCCAGCUACCUCCGCGCUGCACACGCCCCCAGGGCCCCGGAGGACACCCUGGUCCCCAUCUGCUGCGGGCUGUACGAGCUCCUCAGCGGUGUGCUCCUCAUCCUGCCGGACGCCAUGCUGGGGGACGUGAUGGACAAGCUCAUCCAGGCCGAGGCGCUGCUGGUGCUGGUGAACCACCCCUCCCCCGCCAUCCAGCGGGGCGUUGUCCAGCUGUUAGAUGUGUAUUUCAACAGAGCCUCUAAGGAGCAGAAAGAUAAGUUUCUGAAGAACCAGGGCUUUUCCUUGCUCGCCAACCAGCUGUACCUCCACCGGGGGACUCCGGAGCUGCUGGACUGCUUCAUAGAAAUGUUCUUUGGUCGACACAUUGGCCCCGAUGAUGAGUUUGAUCAGGAAGACGUGAAAAACCUGGGAGUGUUCCAGAAGUGGGCUGUCAUUCCUGUCCUAGGGCUAAUAGAGACCUCUCUGUAUGACAACACGCUCCUGCAUAACACUCUGCUGCUCCUUCUCCAAAUACUGAAUUCCUGUGCGAAGGUCGCAGACAUGUUGUUGGAUAACGGUCUUCUCUAUGUGCUGUGUAACACGGUGGCAGCCCUGAACGGACUGGAAAAGAACAUUCCUUUGAACGAAUACAAGUUGCUUGCUUGCGAUAUACAGCAACUUCUCGUCUCCGUCACAAUUCACGCUUGCAGCUCCGCGGGCCCCCAGUAUUUCAAAGUGAUCGAAGACCUCAUUGUGCUGCUUGGGUAUCUUCAAAACAGCAAGAACAAGAGGACACAGAGCAUGGCCGUCGCGCUGCAGUUCCGCGUCCUGCAGGCCGCCCUGGAGUUCAUAAGGACCACCGCCAACCACGAUGCCAACAGCCUCCCCGAGUCCUCCCCGGCUCCUCCUCCCCAUCACACAGUCUUCCCGAAGCGCAAGAGCAUUGCUGGUUCAAUUCCGGCGAAGGGUGCCGCUCUUCCUCCCCUCCCGAGACGCCAUUUUCGUUCCUACGGUCACCUCCCGAUGCUCUCCUCCUCCCGUGCGUUCAGGCGAGACUCCUUCCCUCCAGGCUCUUCCGGAUCCGCUCCCGGGGUGGCCCCUCUCGGAGCAGGUCCUCGGAAAUGUCCCCUUGCUCACACGGACCCCUUCCUGAUGCGCAUGCGCUCGGUGGCGAGCGAUGAGCUUCACAUGAUGAUUCAGCGGAGGAUGAGCCAGGAGAGCCCCUGGCAGGCGAGCGAGGCCGAGCUGGUGCAGAGGCUGCAGAGACUCACCGUGCUGGCGGUUAACAGAAUUAUUUACCAAGAGUUUAAUCCAGACGUUGCUGCCAUUUUGAGUACUCCAGAAAAUGCCACUCAGAGCAAGACCUCAGCUUCCCAGACUGAAAUUUCUGAAGAAAAUAGUCAUCAUGAACAGAUUUCCGUUUUCAAUCCAUUUCAGAAGGAAAUACUGACAUAUCUCAUAGAGGGAUUCAAAGUAUCUAUAGGCUCCAGUAAACCCAGUGGUUCCAAGCAGCAGUGGGCGAAGAUCGUGUGGUCUUGUAAGGAGACCUUCCGCACGCAGCUGGGGAGGCUGCUCGCCCACAUCCUGUCCCCAGCCCACCCUGCCCAGGAGAGAAAGCAGAUUUUUGAAAUAGUUCAUGAGCCAAAUCAUCAGGAAAUACUACGAGACUGUCUUAGCCCAUCUUUGCAACAUGGAGCCAAGUUAGUGCUGUAUCUGUCGGAGCUGAUCCAUAAUCACCCGGAUGAGCUGACGUGGGAGGAGCUGGACACGGCCGAGCUGCUGAUGAGCGCGUUGCAGGCGUGUGGCCACCGGGUCCCCCCGCCCGGUGUGGCCGCAAAGCCAGAGUUGCUCAGGGCCAUCAGAGAGGAACAAAAGAAAUAUGAAACAGAAGAAGGUGUGAGCAAAGCCACCUGGCAGAAAACAGUUAAAAAUAACCAACAAAGUCUCUUCCAGCGCCUCGAUUUAAAAUCCAAGGAGAUAUCCAAAAUCGCUGCGGACAUCACGCAGGCGGUGUCCCUGUCCCAGGGGAUCGAGAGGAAGAAGGUGAUCCAGCACAUCCGGGGCAUGUACAAGGUCGACCUGAGCGCCAGCCGGCACUGGCAGGAGCUGAGCCAGCAGCUGACGCACGACAGAGCAGUCUGGUAUGACCCCACCUACUACCCCACUUCCUGGCAGUUGGACCCCACGGAAGGGCCCAAUCGAGAGAGGAGGCGCCUGCAAAGAUGCUACCUCACCAUUCCCAACAAGUACCUCCUGAGGGACCGGCAGAGGCCGGAAGGCGCGGUCAGACCGCCCCUCUCCUACCUCUUCGAAGACAAGACGCACUCUUCUUUCUCCUCCACCGUGAAGGACAAAGCUGCAAGUGAGUCUAUCAGAGUGAAUCGACGGUGCAUCAGCGUCGCCCCAUCUAGGGAGACCGCCGGCGAAUUGUUAUUGGGUAAAUGUGGAAUGUAUUUUGUGGAAGAUAAUGCUUCUGAUACAGUUGAAAGUUCGAGCCCUCAGGGAGAGCUGGAACCGGCGUCCUUCUCCUGGACGUACGAGGAAAUCAAAGAAGUCCACAAGCGCUGGUGGCAGCUGCGGGACAACGCCCUGGAGGUCUUCCUGACCAACGGCCGGACCCUGCUGCUGGCCCUGGACAGCACCAAGGUUCGCGACGACGUGUACCACAGCAUCCUGGCCAACGACCUCCCCAACCUGCUGGAGUACGGCAACAUCAGCGCGCUGACCAACCUGUGGUACACGGGCCAGAUCACCAACUUCGAGUACCUGACCCACCUGAACAAGCACGCUGGCCGGUCCUUCAACGACCUCAUGCAGUACCCCGUGUUCCCCUUCGUCCUGGCCGACUACGUCAGCGAGACCCUGGACCUCGGGGACCCGGCCGUCUACAGAAACCUCUCCAAGCCCAUCGCCGUGCAGUACAAGGAAAAGGAAGACCGCUACAUGGACACGUACAAGUACCUGGAGGAGGAGUUCCGCAAAGGGGCCCGCGAGGACGACCCGCUGCCACCUGUGCAGCCCUACCACUACGGCUCCCACUACUCCAACAGCGGCACCGUGCUGCACUUCCUGGUCCGCAUGCCGCCCUUCACCCGCAUGUUCCUGGCCUACCAAGACCAAAGCUUUGACAUCCCAGACAGAACCUUCCACUCCAUGCACACGACCUGGCGUCUCUCCUCCUUUGAGUCCAUGACUGACGUGAAAGAACUCAUCCCGGAGUUCUUCUACCUCCCGGAGUUCCUAGUCAACCGAGAAGGUUUCGAUUUCGGCGUGCGUCAGAACGGCGAGCGGGUGAACCACGUCAACCUGCCGCCCUGGGCGCGGAGCGACCCGCGCCUCUUCAUCCUCAUCCACCGCCAGGCGCUGGAGUCGGACCACGUGUCCCAGAACAUCUGCCAGUGGGUGGACCUGGUGUUCGGGUACAAGCAGAAGGGGAAGGCGUCCGUCCACGCCAUCAAUGUGUUCCAUCCCGCGACGUAUUUUGGGAUGGACGUGUCUGCGGUGGAAGAUCCGGUUCAGAGGCGAGCGCUGGAAACCAUGAUCAAGACGUACGGCCAGACGCCCCGCCAGCUCUUCCAGUCGGCCCACGUGAGCCGGCCGGGGCCGAAGCUCAGCCUCGAGGGCGAGCUGCCCGCGGCCGUGGGGCUGCUCGUGCAGCUGGCCUUCAGGGAGCCCCGGGAGCCGGCCAGGGAAGCCCCGCAGCCGAGCCCUCUGUCGUGGGUAAAAGGCCUGAAGUGGGGCGAGUACGUGGGCUCUCCGAGCGCCCCGGUGCCCGUGGUCUGCUUCAGCCAGCCCCACGGGGAGGCGCUGGCCUCCCUGCAGGCGCUGCCCACGCGGGCCAUCUGCGGCCUGUCCCGCAACUUCUGCCUCCUGAUGACCUACAGCAAGGAGCAAGGCGUGCGGAGCAUGAACAGCACGGACAUCCAGUGGUCGGCCAUCCUGAGCUGGGGCUACGCCGACAACAUCCUGAGGCUGAAGAGCAAGCAGAGCGAGCCGCCUGUCAACUUCAUCCAGAGCUCCCCGCAGCACCAGGUGACCAGCUGCGCGUGGGUGUCUGACAGCUGCCAGCUGUUCACCGGGAGCCGCUGUGGCGUCAUCACCGCCUACGCCAACAGGAUGGCGGGCGGCGCGCCCUCAGAGAUAGAGAUGGAGUCGCAGGUGCACCUCUACGGGCACACCGAGGAGGUCACCAGCCUGUGUGUCUGCAAACCCUACAGCAUCCUGAUCAGCGUGAGCCGCGACGGCACCUGCAUCAUCUGGGACCUGAACAGGCUGUGCUACGUGCAGACUCUGGCAGGACACAAGAGCCCCGUCACGGCCGUCUCGGCCAGCGAAACGACGGGCGACAUUGCCACCGUGUGCGACUCAGCUGGCGGGGGCAGUGACCUCAGGCUCUGGACGGUGAACGGGGACCUGGUGGGACACGUGCACUGCAGGGAGGUCAUCUGCUCCAUGGCCUUCUCCAACCAGCCGGAGGGCGUGUCCAUCAACGUGAUCGCAGGCGGCCUGGAGAACGGGACCGUGCGGCUGUGGAGCACGUGGGACCUGAAGCCCGUGCGGGAGAUCGCCUUCCCCAAGUCCAGCAAGCCCAUCGUCAGCCUCACGUUCUCCUGCGACGGCCACCACCUGUACACGGCCAACAGCGAGGGCACGGUGAUCGCCUGGUGCCGCCGGGACCAGCAGCGCCUGAAGCACCCCAUGUUCUACUCCUUCCUGAGCAGCUACGCGGCCGGCUGAGGGCUCCAGGUUAGGGGGCUGAACCUGAAGAAUCGACGAGCAAACACCUUCCAGAUAAUUCCAUAACCUUCAUCCCCACAGACCUCUGCCUGCGCUCCCGGGGCUGGGCGG